CGCAUCGCAGGUGUUUUUAUUUCUCAGGCUGAUGCAACACUGGUUCUUGCCACGUAUGGAACUAUUGCUUCCGAGUUCAACGACCUGCAGAAUGGGAGCUGGUUGAUAUCGAGCUAUAUGCUUGCCAUGUGUACAGCGCAGCCUUUGUACGGAAAAUUAAGCGACAUUUUCGGGAGGAAGAAUAUGCUCCAAGUCUCCUACGGCUUAUUUGCCUUGGGUAGUCUGUUAUGUGGAUUUGGGCAAUCGAUUUUGCAACUCGUCGUAGCUCGCGCUAUCCAAGGAUUGGGUGGUGCUGGCAUGGUAUGUCUCGUGUCAAUCAUCAUUACCGAUCUGGUCCCACUCAGAGAAGUGGCAUCGUAUAGGAGCUAUGUGAAUAUCAUUCAAACCAUGGGUCGAUCUUCCGGCGGUGCUAUUGGAGGCUUCCUUGCCCAAGCGAUCGGUUGGCGAUGGGCUCUUUCCGCUCAGUCUCCCUUGACUGUCAUUGCAAUGGGCCUCAUGACCGUUAGCCUGGCUAUCGACAGCAAGCAAAAGGGAAGCCAGGAAGGAGAUGAUGCUCCGCCGCCGACUCUUACGCAGAGUCUGCGCCGUGUAGACUUUGCCGGCGCUCUCUUCAUGAGCAUCUCAGUUCUGUCAUUGCUUCUCAUUCUUGACGUGGGAGGUGAGAAAGUUCCAUGGAACUCUCCCUUGAUACUCAUAUUGCUGGGAACUAGCUCGGCCGCUGGUGUUCUGUUCAUUUUUACCGAGAAGAGAUGGGCCGCUGAGCCUGUCUUCCCUCUCCACCUUCUUUCAAACAGAAAUGUGUUAACGCCAUACUUUAUUUCCACCUUGCAGAAUGCAACACAAUGCGUACUCGUCUUCGUCAUUCCUCUUUAUUUUCAAGUAACUCAGAAUUCAAGUCCCGGGGAAGCAGGGGUCUACUUGGUCCCUACCGUUGCUGGCAACGCUAUCGGAGGACUCCUUACUGGCAGAGCGAUCAAGAAUACCGGCCGAUACAAGCUCGCAACCAUCCUGGCCCCUGUAAGCUCAUGCUUCUGUUUCGUGCUUCUUCUAUUUUUCUGGAACGGAAACACACCAAUUUGGCAGUCCCUCUUGGUCUUCUUCGGCGGAUUUGGAACCGGAAUCGCACACUCGGCCAUCUUUGUGGCCAUCGCAGCUGGCGUCGACGAAGAACACAUGGCUAUAGCGAGCUCCGGUCUCUAUCUUAGCACGAGCGUUGGCGCUGUAACCGGCAUAUCAGCUGGAAGUGCCGUUAUGCAAGCCGUUCUACGGCCGGCUUUAGAGAAAUCCCUGUUUGGCGUUGUACCGAACGCUCAGGAGGUGGUGAACAACGCACUGUCAGAUAUGACAUACGUUCAAAACCUGGAAGGCUUGGCUCACGAACUCGUCGUGGACGCCUAUCUACAGAGUUUCCGGGGAAUGUUCAUUCUGUGCAUCGCCCUAAGCUUUCUGUGCUUCCUCGCUGGAUUUUGGCUUCGGGAAAAGCGUCUAAGUUGA